CUGUCACAACAACACUUCGCCAUUUCGGUGCUGAGGGGGGCUGAGGGGUCUCCGAGGAUAACUGUCCGGGGAAUUAGGUCAGUGGAGUGGAACUGCUUGUCGCUGACAGUUCGCCCGCUGAAAGCGUCUCUGGCGGGUUUCCCCCCUCCGUCGCUCGGCUCGGUUCCCGCGGGCCGAUGCGUGUUAUCUGUCCGGAGCGGAGGAGCUAUUCCAGCUAACGGCUCGCGAGCUAGCUGCGUGUAAACAACAAGGAUGAAGCGAAUGAAAGGAGGAGAAGAGGGCAGCACCGGCUCCUCCAGCGCGAGCCCCCCAGAGGCUCGCAAGAAGGUGCGUAAGCAGACAGGCGAGGCGUCUGCGGCGACGGCGACAACGGCGGCGGACAGCGGCGAGCCGUCACCGGAUGGCGACUGGGCCCUGCUGCCUCAGGAGCUCCUGCUGCACGUCUUCCAGUACCUGCCGCUGCUGGACCGGGCCUACGCGUCCCAGGUGUGCCGCGGCUGGAACCAGGCCUUCCACAUGCCCGAGCUGUGGAGGUGCUUCGAGUUUGAGCUCAACCAGCCGGCGAGCUCCUACCUGAAAGCCACACACCCGGACCUCAUCAAGCAGAUCAUCAAGAGGCACUCCAACCACUUGCAGUACGUCAGCUUCAAGGUGGACAGUAGUAUGGAGUCUGCAGAGGCAGCGUGUGAUAUCCUCUCACAGCUGGUGAACUGCUCUCUGAAGACCCUGGGCCUCAUCUCCACAGCCAGGCCCAGUUUCAUGGAGGUUCCUAAGUCUCACUUCAUCUCGGCUCUGACCGUGGUGUUCGUCAACUCCAAGUCUCUGUCGUCGCUGAAGAUCGACGACACGCCGGUGGACGACCCGUCCCUGAAGGUGCUGGUGGCCAACAACAGCGACACCCUGAAGCUGCUGAAGAUGAGCAGCUGCCCCCACGUCUCCCCCGCAGGCAUCCUGUGUGUGGCGGAUCAGUGCCACGGGCUGAGGGAGCUGGCGCUGAACUACCACCUCCUGAGCGACGAGCUGCUGCUGGCCCUGUCCUCGGAGAAGCACGUGCACCUGGAGCACCUGCGCAUCGACGUGGUGAGCGAGAACCCGGGCCAGCACUUCCACAGCAUCAAGAAGAGCAGCUGGGACGCCAUGGUGCGCCACUCGCCCAAGUUCAACCUGGUCAUGUACUUCUUCCUGUACGAGGACGAGUUCGGCCCCUUCUUCAACGACGAGAUCCCCGUCACGCACCUCUACUUCGGCCGCUCGGUCAGCAAGGAGGUGCUGGGCCGCGUGGGGCUGCACUGCCCCCGCCUGGUGGAGCUGGUGGUCUGCGCCAACGGCCUGCGCCCGCUGGACGAGGAGCUGAUCCGCAUCGCCAAGCACUGCACGCAGCUGUCGGCCAUCGGCCUGGGCGAGUGCGAGGUGACCUGCAGCGCCUUCGUGGAGUUCGUGAAGAUGUGCGGCCGGCGGCUGUCGCAGCUGUCCAUCAUGGAGGAGGUGCUGAUCCCGGACCACAAGUACUCGCUGGACGAGAUCCACUGGGAGGUGUCGAAGCACCUCGGCCGCGUCUGGUUCCCCGACAUGAUGCCGACCUGGUAAAGCCGGCGCCGCCGCCGGCGCCGCACGCCGGGCCGGCCGUGGACUUCCUGUUUGUAUGUGAGAGCCUUUAAAGCGCGGGCUGCAGUGGAGCGUCCGGCGCCGCCGCGGAGGACGUCGUCCCGCUGCAGGUCAGGAUGUGAUGUCUGUCUGGAAAACCGCUUCACCCGAUCCUGAAACGCAGCAAGGCGGGCUGGCUUCCUCCAGCGGACGCCGCCCGCUCAAACCUCGGUUUUUCCAGCUGCAGGUGGAGUCACACGGACAUUGUAGCCCGACUCUGAUCGUCUGUAACAUGAAAGAAGUCAGUCUGACGUGUAUGUAUGCAUGUGUGUGUGCGAGACUUGAUUUUUGUUUGUUCCUUGUUUUUUUUUUUUUUUUUUUUUUUUUUUGUAACAUCGUGGAGUAAAAAUGGGGACAGUCGCUCGCCGCUACGCUACCACUCGGCCUCCUUCAGACUGGUUUAAUACAGCAGCUCUGCGGCGAACAAUGAGGCUGAGUUUGUAUUUGUACAUAGGAUCUGAAGCUAAUUUAAAGAGGAGAGCGGCGGUAGUGUCUCAUUCAACAUGAUUGUAGAAAGUGAACAGUGUACAUAGACCUCUGUCGUAGUGAAGGUGUCCAGUGGUGAUCGCUGUUGAUCUGUUUUCUCCCUCGUCAGACCCGAAAUCUGGGUUAGUUUCCCUCAGAGGAAGUCGUCGAUGAACGAAGCACCUUACAGGAAAACCAAAUCGAAACGGGGACGCAGCUUGUCCGCUCGGCCAAAUGGCAGCAGCCAUCUUCACCUUUAUUUAUACUGUUCGCUGAGCAGAUAGCGAGGAACAGUAUGCUGCAGUAAUAGAAAUAUAGUUAUGAAGAAGAAGCAAUCAAAGAUGGUUUUGUGUAAAUACUGAUAGAGAUUGUUCAGAGUGGAGCCAACAGCUCGGCUGACGUCUGGGUGGCGUUGGAUCAAUAUUUUAUGUGUCUCGGUUUCAUUAGAAUCUUCUGCUUUUUGCCUGUCGAAGCUCCACAGCGAGCGUUCACACCUUCAUUAUAAGCAUCGUCUCUGCAGAUAUCUCCCGGCCCCAACAUCCAUCCAUCCAUCCAUCGAAGAUCUGGCAAAUCAGAUGAGUGAAACGGACAGUUUUUUCUUUUAUUUUCCUUUAAGAAGGAAGUUAAAAUGCAUCUGUAUAUAAAACGCUGUGUGUUUGAUCAUUUUGAAUAGAGAAGCACGUAUUUCCUUAUUCCGCCCUCUGUCAGGGUCUCCUUAACCAACAGCUUGUCUUUUAUAAAAACAGAAACGGAGUCGACCUCUUAUUAGAUGGAUCUUUUUCAUUCUAUCGUCGCAAGAGAGGGAGAAGCUGCGUAAGUUAUUGAUCUGGAAAAUGCUUUUAUUAUUGUUGACGAGGCGGCAGAGGUCGGAUUUAUUUCCUUUGGUUCGGACGCUGAUCGGCGGAUCAGACGUUGACGGCGCUCUGGAAGGAGGCUGGAGUCGGACAUCGAACAAGUUCAAUACAAUCAGUAAUGUGGCUUUGAAGUGUCUACGCGUAACAGACGUUUUUACACAGCCGCGUACAGGCCCAUCUCAAACCUGCACUUUAUUUUAGGUUUGGAUCACAUCACGAAAUCUGAUGUCUUUUGACACUUUUUUUAUUUUUAUUCUCUGCGACUCAAAAUUGAAAAUUCCUGAAAAAACACUACAGUAGCUGUGAUGAGUUUUUUUUCUGUUUCUCAGAUGUGCCUGUACAUUGUCGGUUGUGUAAAACCGGGUUGUGAAUCGGUGUGCUCCCGCCAGAGGCCUGCGCCACGAGGCAGGACGAACGCUCCUGGACGGGUCUCAAACCCAGACGGUCGAGGUUAAGCAGCAAUGCGAAGCUGAUCGUCACCCUGAGAGGAUCCGGCGCCGUGGCUCAGGCCUCUGGACUGUCGACGCUUCGUUUGGGCCGUGGUUGAAGUGGACGCCCCCUGCCGAUCGUCUGUGCUCAUGUACAUUAGCAUCUCAGCGCUCCAGCAACAUAUCUUUAUUUUGUAACGUAACGGUGGAACUGAAGCGAAGCCUCUUCAGCCGGCUUCUCUGACAGUUACUGUACCAACACCAGGUUCAAUCACUUUCCUGGAGGUUUUAUUGUUUUCUUGACAAACAGCUCUGUCAGUUAAAGGUUUUGGAUUCAAGAUGCAGACUGAGAAGAGAAAUGGUUUUUCAUCACUACCUUCUUUGUUUAGAGGGAACUCCACGAGACUUUAGGAGUGAACUGGUGUUAAAAAUUAGUUUUUGCUUCUGUAUGGCAAAUAUCUUGGUCUACAUUUGCUUUACUGGUCAAUUGUCAUGAAAUAAAAAGUCUUGUUUUUGACAUUUGAUCCAAUACGGUAAUAAAAAUUGUGAAUGUACUCUUUUGUUUGUUUGCCUGUUUCUUUUAAUUCUCUGUGGAACUUUCAGG